AUGCGUUUUUCUCUUCUUUUGCUGGCGCCGCUGGUCAGCUUUGGCCUUGCACAGGCUCAAACACCUGAUUCCACUGAACCUGCCACCACCGCAGAAAGCAUCUCAAUUGACCCAACUUCAUCGCCCGUUGAGACCGAAACUGGAACUGCUUCUCCCACAGGCGGAUCUGGAGGAGGAUCUGGAGGAGGAUCAGGCGGAGGCUCUAUGGGCAGAAACUCCUCACAAGGUCCUCCAGAUGUCCAUCUCAAAGUCCCCGAACUUUCCGUCGGCCGUAUUGAGCUCGACGUCGACAAUCUCCACGCAGACAUCAACCUCAACGCCGACAUCGCCAAGCUAGUCCAGCUCAAUGCCGGAAUCCAGCUCGGCAUCGAGAAAGUCAACAUCACCAUCGCCGACGUAGAAGCUGAGCUCGAACUCGUCGUUCGUCUAGGCCAUCUCGUUGAGAUCGUCAACCGCACUCUCUCAUCACUGGAUCUGAACCCCGCUCUGAUCAACCUUCUCGACUCAGUCGGUGACAUCGUGGAAGGUGUCAUUGGUGCGGUAGACGGUCUUCUCGGUAGCAUCACCCAAGGCGACACCAAGUUGAACUUCCUGAUUGACAACCUCGGCAACAUUGUUCAGCAGGUUACCAAAGCUGGCGGUGAUGCUGUUAACUCUAUCAUUGGAGAUUACAAGCAGAAUAUGACGUUUACUGGCGAGGAGAAGUCGCUGAAGAAUGGUCUCACUCAGAAGACAUAUGAGUACGCGGAGCUCAGCGCUUUGGUCAAUAUUGUUUUCAACAAGGCGGGACAAAUUGUGCAGGCUCAAGUUGUUAAGGGUGGGGGCUCUGGUGGUGGUGGUAGUGGUGGUGGUUCUAGCGGUACUGCCACUCCCACUGGUACUGCUCCUCAGACAGCUUCGGCUACAGGAACUUCUGCUGCUGGUGAGGCCACGACUGCUUCAUCGACCUAA